GUAGCAUUAAGUACACACUAGUCUGUGUGACUGACUGACUGACUGACAGAGGUACAUCUAUAUGUGAAUCAGGACUAAGGAUUGUGGGAGAAAGGGCUGCCUAGUCCUAGCUAAUCAUCAUAUUGUGUACUGCCAUGGUUUUCUCCGUCUCCUGGAUCUCCGUGCUAGUCAUCAGCCUGUGUAUUGCCACUGGUGGAACUACAACAAAUCCACCUGAUGGAAGAACAACAAAUACACCUUAUGGAACUAGGACCAAUCCUCCAAACAAUCCUAUGGAUUUAACUACAACCAAUCCUCCAGAUGGAACUACAACCAAUCCUCCUGAUGGAACAACCAAAAAUCCCCUUGAAGGUACUACAACCAGUCCUCCUGAUGGAACUACAACCAGUCCUCCUGAUGGAACCACGAGCAAUACUCCUGGUGGAACAACAACUAAUCCUCCUGAUGGAACUACAACCAGUCCUCCUGAUGGAACUACAACCAAUGCCCCUGAUGGAACCACAACCAAUCCUCCUGAUGGUAGCACAACUAAUCCCCCUGAUGGUACUACAACCAAUCCCCCUGAUGGUACUACAACCAGUCCUCCUGAUGGAACCACCAUCAAUACUCCUGGUGGAACAACCACAAAACCUCCUGAUGGAACUACAACCAAUCCUCCUGAUGGUACUACAACCAGUCCUCCUGAUGGAACUACAACCAAUCCUCCUGAUGGAACCACGACCAAUACUCCUGAUGGAACUACAACCAAUCCUCCUGAUGGAAAUACAACCAGUCCUCCUGAUGGAACUACAACAAAUGCCCCUGAUGGUACCACAACCAAUCCUCCUGAUGGUACUACAACCAGUCCUCCUGAUGGAACUACAACCAGUCCUCCUGAUGGAACCACGACCAAUAUUCCUGGUGGAACAACCACAAAUCCACCUGAUGGAACCACAACCAAUCGCCCUGAUGGUACCACAACCAAUCCCCCUGAUGGUACUACAACCAGUCCUCCUGAUGGUACUACAACCAAUCCUCCUGAUGGUACCACAACCAAUCCCCCUGAUGGUACCACAACCAAUCCCCCUGAUGGCACUACAACCAGUCCUCCUGAUGGAACUACAACCAGUCCUCCUGAUGGAACCACGACCAAUACUCCUGGUGGAACAACUACAAAACCUUCUGAUGGAACUACAACCAAUCCCCCUGAUGGUACUACAACCAGUCCUCCUGAUGGAACUACAACCAAUCCUCCUGAUGGAACCACGACCAAUACUCCUGAUGGAACAACCACAAAUCCUCCUGAUGGAACUACAACCAGUCCCCCUGAUGGAACCACAACCAAUCCCCCUGAUGGUACCACAACCAAUCCACCUGAUGGUACUACAACCAGUCCUCCUGAUGGAACUACAACCAGUGCUCCUGAUGGAACCACGACCAAAACUCCUGGUGGAACCACAACCAAUCCCCCUGAUGGAACUACAACCAAUCCACCUGAUGGAACCACAACCAAUCCCCCUGAUGGUACUACAACCAGUCCUCCUGAUGGUACCACAACCAAUCCUCCUGAUGGAACCACGACCAAUCCCCCUGAUGGUACUACAACCAUUCCUCCUGAUGGAACUACAACCAGUGCUCCUGAUGGAACCACAACCAAUACUCCUGGUGGAACAACCACAAAACCUCCUGAUGGAACUACAACCAAUCCACCAGAUGGAACCACAACCAAUCCCCCUGAUGGUACCACAACCAAUCCCCCUGAUGGUACUACAACCAGUCCUCCUGAUGGAACUACAACCGGUGCUCCUGAUGGAACCACGACCAAAACUCCUGGUGGAACCACAACCAAUCCCCCUGAUGGAACUACAACCAGUCCUCCGGAUGGAACCACAACCAAUCCCCCUGAUGGAACCACAACCAAUCCCCUUGAUGGAACAACAACCAAUCCUGCUGAGGGUACCACAACCAAUCCCCCUGAUGGUACUACAACCAGUCCUCCUGAUGGUACCACAACCAAUACUCCUGAUGUAACCACGACCAAUACUCCUGGGGGAACAACUACAAAUCCUCCUGAUGGAACUACAACCAAUCCUCCUGAUGGUACCACAACCAGUCCCCCUGAUGGUACUACAACCAGUCCUCCUGACGGAACCACAACCAAUAUUCCUGGUGGAACAACCACAAAUCCUCCUGAUGGAACUACAACCAAUCCUCCCGAUGGUACCACAACCAAUCCCCCUGAUGGUACCACAACCAAUCCCCCUGAUGGUACAACAACCAGUCCUCCUGAUGGAACUACAACCAAUCCUCCUGAUGGAACAACGACCAAAACUCCUGGUGAAACAACCACAAAUCCUCCUGAUGGAACUACAACCAGUCCUCCUGAUGGAACUACAACCAGUCCACCUGAUGGAACCACGACCAAUACUCCUGGUGGAACAACCACAAAUCCUCCUGAUGGAACUACAACCAAUCCUCCUGAUGGAACUACGACCAAUCCUCCUGAUGGAACCACGACCAAUACUCCUGAUGGAACCACGACCAAUCCUCCUGAUGGAACUACAACAAAUCCCCCUGAUGGAACCACAACCAAUCCCCCUGAUGGAACCACAACCAAUCCCCCUGAUGGAACUACAACCAAUCCUCCUGAUGGUACCACAACCAAUCCCCCUGAUGGUACUACAACCAGUCUUCCUGGUGGAACAACCACAAAUCCUCCUGAUGGAACUACAACCAAUCCUCCUGAUGGAACAACCACAAAUCAUCCUGGUGGAACUACAACCAAUGUUCCUGAUGGAACCACGACCAAUCCUCCUGAUGGAACAACCACAAAUCCUCCUGAUGGAACUACAACCAGUCCUACUGAUGGAACUACAACCAAUCCUCCUGAUGGAACCACAACCAAUACUCCUGAUGGAACAACCACAUAUCCUCCUGAUGGAACUACAACCAGUCCUCCUGAUGGAACAACCACAAAUCCUCCUGAUGGGACUACAACCAAUCCUCCUGAUGGUACUACAACCAAUCCCCCUGAUGGAACCACGACCAAUCUACCGGAUGGAGCAACCACGACCAAUCCUACCGAUGGAACAACCAUAAAUCCUCCUGAUGGAACAACAACCAAUCCUCCUGAUGGAACAACCACAAAUCCUCCUGAUGGAACAACAGCAAAUCCUCCUGAUGGUACUACAACCAAUCCCCCUGAUGGAACUACAACCAUUGCUCCCGAUGGAACUACAACCAGUCCUCCUGAUGGAACAACCACAAAUCCUUCUGAUGGAACUACAUCCAAUCCUCCUGAUGGUACUACAACCAAUCCCCCUGAUGGAACUACAACCAUUGCUCCCGAUGGAACUACAACCAAUCCUCCUGAUGGUACUACAACCAGUCCUCCUGAUGGUACCACAACCAAUCCUCCUGUUGGAACUACGACCAAUACUCCUGAUGGAACAACCACAAAUCCUCCUGAUGGGACUACAACCAAUCCUCCUGAUGGUACCACAACCAAUCCUCCUGAUGGAACCACGACCAAUACUCCUGGUGGAACAACCACAACUCCUCCUGAUGGUACCACAACCAAUCCUCCUGAUGGAACUACAACCAGUCCUCCUGAUGGAACUACGACCAAUCCCCCUGAUGGAACUACAACCAAUCCCCCUGAUGGAACCACGACCAAUCCACCGGAUGGAACUACAACCAAUAGUCCCGAUGGAACAACCACAAAUCCUCCUGAUGGAACAACCACAAAUCCUCCUGAUGGAACUACAACCAAUCCACCUGAUGGAACUACAACCAAUCCUCCUGAUGGAGCCACAACCAAUCCCCCUGAUGGAACAACAACCAAUCGCCCCGAUGGAACUACAACCAAUCCUCCGGAUGGAACUACAACAUUGCCUCCUGAUGGAACUACAACUAAUCCUCCUGAUGGAACUACCACCAAUCCCCCUGAUGGAACUACAACCAGUCCCCCUGAUGGAACAACCACAAAUCCUCCUGAUGGAACAACCACAAAUCCUCCUGAUGGAACUACGACCAAUACUCCUGAUGGAACCACAACCAAUCCUCCUGAUGGAACUACAACCAAUCCCCCUGAUGGAACUACAACCAAUCGUCCCGAUGGAACUACAACCAAUCCUCCGGAUGGAACUACAACAUUGCCUCCUGAUGGAACUACAACUAAUCCUCCUGAUGGAACUACCACCAAUCCCCCUGAUGGAACUACAACCAGUCCUCCUGAUGGUACUACAACCAGUCCUCCUGAUGGUACCACAACCAAUCCUCCUGAUGGAACUACGACCAAUACUCCCGAUGGAACCACAACCAAGCCACCGGAUGGAACCACGACCAAUCCUACCGAUGGAACUACAACCAAUCGUCCCGAUGGAACUACAACCAAUCCUCCGGAUGGAACUACAACAUUGCCUCCUGAUGGAACUACAACAUUGCCUCCUGAUGGAACUACAACCAAUCCACCUGAUGGAACUACAACCAAUCCCCCUGAUGGAACUACAACCAAUCGUCCCGAUGGAACUACAACAUUGCCUCCUGAUGGAACUACAACUAAUCCUCCUGAUGGAACUACAACCAGUCCUCCUGAUGGUACUACAACCAGUCCUCCUGAUGGAACUACGACCAAUACUCCUGAUGGUACUACGACCAAUCCACCAGAGGGAACUACGACCAAUCCCCCUGAUGGAACAACCACAAAUCCUCCUGAUGGAACAACCACAAAUCCUCCUGAUGGAACUACGACCAAUACUCCUGAUGGAACCACAACCAAUCCUCCUGAUGGAACUACAACCAAUCCCCCUGAUGGAACUACAACCAAUCGUCCCGAUGGAACUACAACCAAUCCUCCGGAUGGAACUACAACAUUGCCUCCUGAUGGAACUACAACUAAUCCUCCUGAUGGAACUACCACCAAUCCCCCUGAUGGAACUACAACCAGUCCUCCUGAUGGUACCACAACCAAUCCUCCUGAUGGAACUACGACCAAUACUCCCGAUGGAACCACAACCAAGCCACCGGAUGGAACCACGACCAAUCCUACCGAUGGAACUACAACCAAUCGUCCCGAUGGAACUACAACCAAUCCUCCGGAUGGAACUACAACAUUGCCUCCUGAUGGAACUACAACAUUGCCUCCUGAUGGAACUACAACCAAUCCACCUGAUGGAACUACAACCAAUCCCCCUGAUGGAACUACAACCAAUCGUCCCGAUGGAACUACAACAUUGCCUCCUGAUGGAACUACAACUAAUCCUCCUGAUGGAACUACAACCAGUCCUCCUGAUGGUACUACAACCAGUCCUCCUGAUGGAACUACGACCAAUACUCCUGAUGGUACUACGACCAAUCCACCAGAGGGAACUACGACCAAUCCACCGGAUGGAACUACAACAAAUCCUCCUGAUGGAACUACAACCAAGCCCCCAAUUAAAUGUGAGAAUGGAGGAACUGCAACAUCUGAUGGACAGUCAUGUAUCUGUCUACCGGGCUACACAGGGAAAACUUGUGCAACAAUCAUGGAUAAUGUAGAGCCAGAGCUAAAUAGGACAGCAGCAGUUACUAUGCAUACAAACGAGGAGUACUUAGAAGUUUAUUUGAACAAAACCUCACCACCGUACAAGGAGAAGGUGGAAUCUAUCACAGAACAGCAUCUGAUUUUAGUUUUUAGUAUUCUUUAUAUAUUACUUCUUCGCUUAGGGUGUCCUGACUUCGAGGUUACCAAUUUGGAAGUAGAAGAAACUAAAGUUAAUCCCGAAGACAUAUGUAAGACAACCGUAGACCCUAAAUUAAUAGAUUAUUUCAAGCCACACAAUGAAGAUGGUCGAUGGAUCUGUGUAACGGCAUGCUACCCCGGACUUGAUGGAGCGAAAAACUGCCACAGCGGUACCUGUAAAGUGACCGUGGUUGCCGGAGCAACAUGCUACUGUCAACAAACAGAGUCUACGUGGUACCUGGGAACUGACUGUAACUACCCAAUCCACAAGACUGGCUUCUACGUGGGAAUCAGUCUAACUGCUGGGUUUUUACUAAUAAGUGUUGGAGUCCUGGCAACGUUCUUGCUGUUGUACAUGAAAAGAGCAAAGCGAAACAAGGACACUAAGGGGCAAAUGGUUAACCAGUGGCUGGAGGAUGACUUUGAAUGGCCGUCACCCAGUGGGGCGCAUGAUAACCCAGCAUACAACCAUGGGCUGUCAAAUAUGUACCAACAGCCCAGCAGUUCUCUUCCAUCUUACAACCCUGAUCCAUACCUGGAGAACCCUCCACAGUACUACCCCUCACAGCCUUCCAUCCAAAUGAACAACCUGUCAAACAACCAGCCUAUAAGGAUCAACAGACCCCAGAUAAGGACAUCAUAUGAAAUGUAAUCUCCUCUUACUACCUAACAAGUUUAAUUUCAAUGUGAAACAGGCAAAUUGUUUGCUUGUAUACAGUGGAUGAACAAAUAACAGCUCUGAAGUUAAUUAAACCUGCUAACACCUGUUUUUGACAGAAGUAGGCCAUAUAUGUUUCAUGUGGUCAUCCAGAAUGUCUUAACCAAUGAAAGUAUACCCAUAAUGAAACUGUUAGUGGCUUAGCAAACAAAUAAGAAAACAAAAAGUUCAACGCAAGUUAAGCUUAGUGUACAGUAUUUUUAAAUAUAUUAAUUUGUAUUAGAUCAUUCCAUGUCAAGUACUAGGCAAAAUGUGUUUGCUUACAUGAAUUCACCUUCUAGCAUUGACUUCUGCUGAUGGCUACAUUAAUGAGAAAAAACGCACUUACUAAGACUGAGUGUGGUUUUCCUGGCUAGUCAACUUAACAUGAAUGUACAAACUGUAUGUUGCCCUGGAUAAUGUAAUAGCCAAUGUGAUUUUUUAUUAAUAUAACCUUAAUUUAUUUAUUUAUUACUAUAUAUUACAUCUUUAUCACAUUCAACAUCUGCAAAACAAUUUGUAUCACUUUAGAUGGAAAUGUGGGGACUGCUCUUUUUGGGUUUCUUCUUUCUCUAACAUUAUUAUUAAUAAUAAUAAUAUUUAAAUAAUAAUAAUAUGUUUUCUUUAAAUUGCCAUAAUUAAGCCAAAUAUGUAAUUACCAGCAUCAUUUAAAAAAGAUGGUAUGUAAAAAAGGUAUGUGACUUAACUUUGAUAAGUUGAACUGGCCAACUUUAUUUAUUGUUUUGACU